UAAUUUUUCCUACCGGUGAAAAAAAGUAGGGUCCUGAUGUGACCUCUCUCUUUCCCAUAUCUCUUCCUCUAUCGUAUGGUGUUGAUGGGUCACAGCGAAUAGGCAUCCAUUCAGUGUGGCAUUAGGAGAAUUUAGUAAAAAAAAAAUGUGACAUCAAAACGAUUUCAUUUUUUAAAGUUGUAUCUCUAUUUUCAUCAAUUUUAUUCCCUGUUUAUCAUGCCAUAUACUGGUCGUGCAUGCUUGAAGUAUACCCUUCAUAAAACUAGUCUCUCAUCCGUCCCACUCUUGUUACCAAAAAAAAUAAAUCCUUCCCACUCACAUUGUCUUUACAUAUUCACUGCCGACCAGGGUUUUAAAAAUAGGAUUCAAUUUGGUGUACAUCGGCCUGAAAUCAAUAUGAAUCGACCAUUUGAUAUGAAAAUUCACCAAUUCAAGGGAAUAUUCUUUAUCAAACAGACAGAAGUUAGGAAUGACUUUAAAUAAAAUAUGCAUGGUGGUCAUUUUGGGUCCCUUGUGUGUAUGACUGACGCAUGGGCCUCUCGAAGACAGAAAGCUUUUAUCCCUUAAAUAUGGUAGUUGGUAUGCACCUAGUGAUACAUAUCUAUCAAGGUGCUUCUAUCACAAACUUGAGAGUUAAGUCCCAGGAAAAGAAGAAGAAAUUAAAGCCCCCAAAGAGAUCGAGUCAGUAUCAGAUAGAUGGAGGAAACAAAGAGGAGAGGAGUUAGGUUGGUGCUGUUUCCAUUCCCAUUGCAAGGUCACAUAAACCCAAUGCUUCAACUAGCUUCCAUUCUCUACUCCAAAGGCUUCUCCAUCACCAUCAUCCACACUCACUUCAACUCUCCCAACUCCUCCAAUUACCCUAACUUCACCUUCGUUCCCAUACCCGAUGGCCUAUCGGACGUUCAAGACUCCAUUACAGAUGGCUUUUCCCUUCUCCCUCUUCUCAACCUCACCUGUAAAGUUCCAUUUCGUGAUUGCCUGGUUCAGUUGUUAUCUAAUGCAGAAACAGAAGAAGAGCAUAUUGCUUGUCUCAUCUCAGAUCCUGUGAUGCCCUUCACACAAGGUGUAGCCGAUAGUCUUAAACUUCCAAGGCUUGUGUUACUCACUAGUAGCGUCCAAUCCUUUCUUGCCUUUGCUGCCUAUCAAGUUUUGAGACAGAAGGGUUACCUCCCCAUUUCAGAUUCUCAAUUGGAGACACCAGUACCGGAGCUCCCACCUCUGAGAGUGAAGGAUCUGCCUGCGAUCGAGACGCAAAAUCUAGAGAUCCUGUACCAAUUUGUGGACAGCAUGGUCAAUCAAUUGAAGGCCUCAUCUGGACUCACUGGGAACACCUUCAAACUCCUUGAACAAUCGGCCUUGGCAACAUUUACUCAAGAAUUCCCAAUCCCAAUAUUCACAUUAGGCCCUUUCCAUAAACUCUACCCAGCUUUAUCCAGUAGCUUACUGUCUCAAGACCGCAGCUGCAUCGCUUGGCUAGAUACACAACCACCUAGAUCUGUAAUCUAUGUCAGCUUCGGCAGCCUAGCUAGCAUGGAUGAGGAUGAAUUUGUGGAGAUGGCUUGGGGAUUAGCCAAUAGCAAGUGCCCCUUCUUAUGGGUGGUUCGGUCUGGCUCGGUCCAUGGCUUAGAACAGGUUGAACCAGUGUGGCCUGAUGGAUUCCUAGAAAUGAUUAGUGAAAAGGGUUGUAUUAUCAAAUGGGCCCCACAACAGGAAGUGUUGGCUCAUCCUGCAGUGGGAGGGUUUUGGACCCACAAUGGUUGGAACUCAACACUGGAGAGUAUAUGCGAAGGGGUGCCAAUGCUGUGUCGGCCUAGUUUUGGAGACCAGAAGGUGAAUGCGAGGUUGGUGAGCCAUGUGUGGAGGGUGGGGUUGCAUAUGGAGGAGAACAGGUUGGAGAGAGGGGAGAUUGAGAGAAGCAUAAGAAGAGUAAUGGUUGAGAAAGAAGGGGAGGAGAUGAGGGAGAGGGCUAAGUCUUUGAAGGAGAAGGUAGAAGUUUGCGUCAGGAAAGGAGGUUCUUCCCAUCAGUCUCUAGAGGACUUGAUAGCUCACAUCUUGUCGUUUUGAUUACUUUUGUUAUCCACCUAAUUGGUUCUUCAUUGCCUUACAUUGUUCAUAAACCCAUCAAUAAACAGGUCCACAUCAAAACUAG